UUUAGCACCGCCAUGUCUCUAGUGAUCCCUGAGAAGUUUCAGCAUAUUUUGCGAGUCCUCAACACGAAUAUCGGUGUGGGGCGGAGGUACGCCGAUGUGGUGCUGAGAAAAGCAGACACUGACCUCACCAAGAGGGCAGGAGAACUCGCUGAGGAUGAGGUGGAGCGGGUGAUCACCAUCAUGCAGAAUCCCAGACAGUACAAGAUCCCGGACUGGUUCUUGAACAGACAGAAGCAUGUGAAGGACGGCAAAUGCAGUCAGGUUCCGGCCAACCGUCUGGAUAACAAGCUCCGCGAGGACCUGGAGCGGCUGAAGAAGAUCCGGGCACAUAGAGAGCUGCGCCACUUCUGGGGCCUCCGUGUUAGAGGCCAGCACACCAAGACCACUGACCGCCGGGGCCACACUGUGGGUGUGUCCAAGAAGAAAUGAGUCAGCAGGCCUUUUCUGUUAAUAAAUAGUUUAUAU